AUGCCAGCGAUGGUCAAGAUUAUCGUGUCCGCUACGGCUGCCUUGUCCGCCGGUGUCGCGUCUGCUUUCGGCAACAUCUCCAAGUUUCCGACAGAGCUGACCAGCCUCAUGGAUCAAACCGUGGACCCAUGCACCGACUUCUUUUCCUAUUCGUGCGGGACGUGGUACACGAACACCCCCCUCCACGCCAACCAAAGUACUACCGAUGCCACGUACACCGUGAUCGAGGCUGCGGCGUACAAGCUGGUCGAAAAGUUGGUGGACGCCAAGCUGCCUAAACUCACCGAGUUCUAUGACGCGUGUAUGGACACUGCCACAAUAGAUACCUUGGGCUUCGCUCCCAUCGAAGAUUACCUCAAGGCAAUCCGCAGCGCCAACACGACUGUCGAAGCCAUCUUUCGUGGCGUGGCCAUCUCCAGGGCCAUUGGCGUGCAGCUGUUCGUGAAGCUGUCGGUCUUGGCUGACACCGUCGACGUCACCCGCAAUGUCUUGUAUGCCGAUCUCUCGGGAUUCCCUUUUGGCCGUCACAAACCAUUGUGGUCCACGGUUGAACAGCCGUACCGCGAAUACAUUGCCACGAUCUUCACGCUGACCAGUCACGCAAAGGCGGAGGUGGAGGCGGCCACCGAGGUCGUGAUUACGUUUGUACGCCACGUAUAUCUGUCCUACCCUCAGCAUCAAGCGGCCGUGACGCCCCGCCGGUUGCCGCUCAGUGCCGCCCACGCAUUGUACCCAUUGGGGAUAGGUCUCCGAUUGGAAGGGCUUGGGUUCGACAUCCUCGAAG